AGGUUGUUCCUGAGGUGGGAGGCGGCACUGUUGGGUGAGGAGAAGGAGGCCUGAGAGCGACAUGUCCCCGGCGGCUGAGGCACGGCGGCCCGUGGCGCUGUUUUUCUGAGUGCGGGGUGGCCUGGCGGCCGGCGGAGGACGAGGGUCGGCGGGGGCGUCCCCCGCGGUGGUGCCCGCCAUGCUGGAGGCCCGGGCGGUUGAGGGAGCCGCCGUGGCGCUCCUGCGACUGCUGCUGCUGCUGCUGCCGGCGCUCCGGGGGCCGGGGCUCGGCGUGGCCGGCGCGGCGGGGGCCGGGCUGCCGGAGAGCGUCAUUUGGGCCGUCAACGCAGGCGGCGAAGCACAUGUGGAUGUGCACGGGAUCCACUUCCGCAAGGACCCUCUGGAAGGCCGGGUGGGCCGAGCCUCAGACUAUGGCAUGAAGCUGCCGAUCCUGCGCUCCAACCCCGAGGACCAGAUCCUGUAUCAAACGGAGAGGUACAAUGAGGAGACCUUCGGCUAUGAAGUACCCAUCAAGGAGGAGGGGGACUACGUGCUGGUGUUGAAAUUUGCUGAGGUCUACUUUGCACAGUCCCAGCAGAAGAUGUACCAAAGCUGCAGCCUCACCCAGGAUUGGAAAAGAAAGAAGAGGAAGAAGAAGAAGAAGAAUAUGAUGAAGGGUCUAAUCUCAAAAGACAGACCAAUAAGAACCGGGUGCAGUCCGGCCCUCGCACGCCCAACCCCUAUGCCUCGGACAACAGCAGCCUCAUGUUUCCCAUCCUGGUGGCCUUUGGGGUCUUCAUUCCAACCCUCUUCUGCCUCUGCCGGCUGUGAGAACAAAUUGCCAUCCCGAACAGGGCGGAGGGGUGUGGGAAAGAGACCAAACACGGUGGUUUGGGUUUCCUUGUUUUUCGCAACGAUUAACAAAAAACAAACAAACACACACACAUGCGCGCACACACACACACACACACACACACACACACAAAAUUAAAGGAGAUAAGAGGCCGAGCGAGUAGAGAGCAGCCCUCAUCCACCACCCGGUCCCAGACCUGCUUCAGUCCGAAUCCUCUCUUUGUGGCUGGCCCUCAGCCGUCUCUUUCCUCUCUAGGGUACUUAGGGUAAAACUGGAUCCUUCCGGUUCAAGGAUCUAAGUCUGUAUACCUAGUGGAAAGGACUCUGAAGUCAGAGCAGACACAGUUCCCUUUUUUAUGUUAGAAAUUAACAGCAGGGAAAUGGCAUCUUAUUACCUGAGAAGACCAGCGCUGGGAGUUGGGUACGUUCUGAAGUUAUGUCCAAAUACGUUUCCAGACGAUCUAGGAUCGAGAGUGCAUGUAUGUAAAGGUGUAUAAUUUGUGAGGUAAAGACAAAAAGCAAAAGGAAGGGGGCUCAAAAAAAGAAAGAGGAGUUGAUGCUUUCAUACUUGGAAGCCUUCCUAAUUUUCAUCCAAUGAGGGUUCCACCUUAAGUGUUUGAGCUCUGUCAUCGCUUGUCUCCCUGACGGGCGCCAAUUAGAGGACUGUCUGGUAUCCAAGACGAUUAGUUUAUGUCAGGUCCUCAAGUUGCCUCUGACUUGUUGCCACAACAAAUCAUUUUGAUUUCAGUGCCUGUUGGGGACUUGAUUUCCUCUCAUUUUUUUCUUAAUCUGGCUCAUUUGCAAUCUCUUCUCCCUCUCAACCAGCCCACUAAGUUAUUGCCAAGAAAGAAGGAGACAUGGGGACUUGCGGUUCUUUCUGCUUGAAUGUCUUAUCCUCUACCACCUCACCUUGUUGGUACCUCCCUCCUUGGAUCUCUGAGCCAGCAGUCAGGAGGACCUGACCCAGCAGUUCUUUUACUGGCCCCUUUGUAGGGUCUUACUGCCAGGGGGCAGGGAUGCUAUCCAGCCUGCAGCAACAGAACACUUGACCUUAAAAGUCUCUUCUGGUCUUUGGAUUGGAAAAGGCUUACAUUAGCAUAAUUUAAGAGCAACCUCAGAGACUCGAGCCCUACUAAGUGACUGAACACUGUUUAGAGUGUCUCGUAUCUGAUGUUCAUUUAUUCCCACGUCCUUCCAUGUCACAGACACAUUUUCUGUUACAAUUCAACCAGUCUUGGUUUAUGCCUAGAGCUGCCCCAAGGAACUAGACUGAUUGGCUGUGUCCUUUAAUCAAGGCCGAACGAAGCUUCUCACUGAUUUUAAUAGUACAGCCCUCUGUUCUUUCAGCCCCCUACCUAAGUAGCAGCCAGGUUCUUGGCAUGAUGGAGCAGAAAAAUUUCCAGUCAGCCGUAGUCCUGUCAGCUCCGAAGCCAACCGUAGCAUCUAAGUGUCUGUCUUAAUUCCCUAGAAUAAUUUCUGCAGGAAACAAAGCAUCCCCGUUCCUCUCCUUUGUUGUCACUGUCUUCCGUUUCCUAGUUAGGGCAGCAAUGAGGGAGGACCCAGGCAAACUACAAGGAAUAUUGUGGAUGAGAGGCAGCAGGGUUAGCUUCAGCUUGGGCUGGAUCAGCAUAGAAUCUCAGGCCAGGCCCAUCUUCUAGAAUGUGUUUAAUUUUGAGUUUGCCUUAAUUGGAUAUUUUAAGAACUCCAUGUAUUUGUACUGCUUUUUAUGUGACGAAAUAAGCAGCUCUUGGGCCCAGUUCCUGGCUUUUGGCUCUUAAACCGAGGUACUCCCAGCCAGCAUUUGGUGCUUGGAGACUUGUAGCCUUUCUUUUAGCUGUAACUUGGGCUCCAGGACGAGGGUAUUGCUGUGGCCUGAGGCUGCAGUCAGAGGAAUGCUUCCCCGAGUGCUUGGUGAGCCUCCCCUGCUUCUAAAGGGUGGAGUUCUGUAGCCUUGGUCCUGGGACCGCCUGUCUGGGGUGGUAGACAUCCUGACUAUUAAUUGGGCUUCUGACCGUGGCUUUGGUUCCCAUUCUGUUACAACUCCCCAAAGCCGUGGGUCACCACCAUUGGAGUAAACGGAUGAGGAAGGCCUUGCUGCCUCUGUUUUGCCUUGUUCGUUAGUUUGGCUGGGUCUCUGAGGAAGGAGAGGCCCUUGCCUCCUCACCUCAACCCUCUGAGACUCCUGGGUCCAUUUCCUAAAGGUACUGUAAGCCAGGCAGCUUUACUUCUGUCUCUGUUUCCAAGCCCACCCAUUCUGCCGAGGCUCAGGCAUGGGGACGGGCACUUUCCUCUCUGGUUGUAUUCAGAAGGUAAGGGUAUCUUUCUGUGGUUAACAAAAACUAAAGGGGAAAUGAGGAAACGGAGAAGUAUAGUAGGGGCUGGGGCAGAGUGCCCUGGAGCCAAGCCCACCCAGCUAAUGAGAGCUGCCUAGGCUGGCUACAGCUGGCUCAUGAUAUUGAACUUGAAAGCUUUUUUGUUUUUGUUUUUGCUCCUCCAGGAUGAUAUAGGUACAUGAAGUGGUUAAAGGGGUGGAAAGGGGUGCUCUUUAUUUUUAUUUUUGUAUUGUGUGUGUUGAGAAUUGCCCUGGUGUUCACCUGUUGCUUUUUGCACUGUUUGUUCCCAUAGCCGUAGUUGGAGCGGGUGCCAGGACUAUAGGGAGUCUGCCUGGGGCUGGGGAGGUGAUAGGUGAUGCCAGGCAGAAGGGGCAGGGAAGGCCAGGGUGCUUCUACUGGACCUACAUCCUGUUCCAUGUUUGUAGAUCCCACUGAAAACAAGCCGAUGGCCAGCGUGAAACUCCUUUUGACAGAAGUGCAGCUUCAGCUCUGUUUCUGGGUGGCCCCUGCAAAGACUCCUGCUGGAGAUGGGCUGAGGGUCGCCGUCUAGCUCUGACUGAGGUGACUCCUCAACCAGAAGCUGAAAAACCUCUCCAUUAUUUAGCAGAAGCUGCUCUGUGGAUACCCCGAGCUCUGACGAGUUGAAGGAUGGUUGCCUUCAAGUUUCUUCCAGUGCUGUAAGACUCCUAGGAGGAUAGCACUAGACCUGGAGGGCCAUCUCUUGGUUUGAGGGUGUGAUCUUGUUCUCCUAUUCCCACUGUUUGCCUGAGAGAUUCGGGCCUGGAAUUGGGUGGUCCUAUUGCAGUUAUGUAGGCUGGGAUAGGAUGGGCUGACACCCGAGUUAAGCCUACCGCCUUUCUGAGCCUGGGAAUUGUUCGAUCGAGUUUUGGAAUUGUGGUUUGACGUGUCUGUUUGGAGAAGCUUCUGUUUUAAGGAAUUUCUCUUUCUUACCCUGCCUUUAGCCUCUCUUGGGAAAGCCUGGCCAUGGCUUCUAGAACCUUAGCCAAACUUCAGAAAACGACAGUAGUAUCUUCCCUUUCCUUCCUAGCACAUAAUACCCCUUGCCCUAGCAAUCGGAUCACCUUGGGAAGCCCAGGGAAAGAAUCAACAGGUUUUCUGCCCUCCCCCAGGAAUGGGGAAGGACCCACCCGGGCAGCACAGUGCCUUUUCCUCUCCUGCUCUGAGCCAGGGUGGGCAUUCCCCCUAGAUUCAGGUCUGGGCAGGGGUCCUUCAGUCCUGUCACGGGGCUGCUUCCCCAUCCCUUCCUCCCCAUCUCCUCCGCUGGCCUGCCCUGACAUAAUUCAAGUGUCCUCUUGCCUCAAGGAGCCUUAAUGGCAUCAAGUGGGAACAUGUACGAUUAUCCUCCAUGCCUCUCUUUUGUCAAGAUCUGAAAGGACCUGGGAGAGCAGGUGAGCUUUCCAAAGUGAGAGACGAAUCAAUGCUCCCGUUUAAACAAACAAACAAAAAGGGAGUGUGCUUUGGGCCUCCUGCUGCUGUGGAAGGAGACCAGGGCAGUGAUAGCGCACUGAAGCAGAACUGGAAACACCCAGGAUCUGUUUGGAAAUCUCCAAAAAAAUCUGCUCUUCUAAGGAAAGAUAGAGAUCAAAGAGCGCUGAGAAAAUUACAAAGAAGCCUUAACGUUCAUGCUUCAGAAAGGUCAGCAGUUUUUCCCUUUCAGUCCAAGCUAGGACUCUGUAUUUAGACUCCUCCGGGGCAAGAGGACUUGAUUUCCUCAUUUUGUUACAAGACUACGUUGGCACCAAUGGGUCAGCUUCCCAGCGAGGUGUGUGGCUUGCCGCUGAUCUGGUUUGCCCUUCCUCGGCUGGCUUUCGGCUGGCCUGCUUUGGGGGGCCAAAUCAUUGUGAUAAGAGCAGAGGAUUUGGGGCCUGGCCGGGUUGGCAGGAAAAGAGCAGGCUGGAUCUCUUGGGACGGAUUCCCCCCAAGAAGUGUAAGAACAAGGAGCCAGGAUUGUGCUGGCAGCCAGGGAAACAGUAGUGCCUGUCAGAGUUGGCAGAGAGGGCCUUGGCACCUCUCGCAUCCAGGCAGUCUUGUGAGAUGGGGGCACAUCGCACCAGGAAAAGCAGAACUCUGUUCUCACCUCUAUUUUGAGCUUUGGUGCUUUAUUUCAGUACGAGGAAAAACAACAACAAACCGAAGUGCUUUCCGUCCUUUUAAAGGACAACUGUCGGGAAAGGAGAACCGAGUUGCCAGGUGGGUGGGGAGAAUUGGCAGGGAGAGACCUUAAUAACAAAACUAGGAAAGAGACAUUCUUGACUCCUCUGUUCCCUGGUGUAUUAUGAUCCAGGGAAUGAAAAGAAAUUUGACCCUGGAAUAGUUCCCUCCUUGGAUUUAAGGAAUGUUACCUUUUCCUUCUACUAGGUUCUCCGAAGCUAGGACCAGCUGCCCAUUCAGAGCUCAGGGCAGUCUCUUCAGCCUUUCUAAGCCUGACCUGCCUUGUCAGGAAAGCAACCCCGGCCCUCCAAACUGGGCCUGGCUGCUCUGUUCUGUACCAAGUACUGGAGAAAGUGUCAAGUUCUUAGGAGUUCUUGUAGCUCCUACUCUGGUUUCCCAUCUUCUGCUUACCCAGGCCAAACGAACUGUUUGUAGCCACAGCACAGAUUUACAGCGGCACAAUGAGAUGCAAUGGAGGGAUUUGAACCUGGCUGGCUGGGGAAAGAGUAGGGGUGGAUAGAGCUGUCUUUCCUUCUGGGCUGUCUCCAUCUGUCCCUACCCCUACCAUUACCCCCCAACCCCUACUCCCACCAAAAAGUAAAAAAUCAGGAUGUUUUUCACUGUCCAUUGCUUUGUGUUUUAAUAAACAAUUUGCAGUGACA